UGAGAUAUUAUUUUGAACAAAAAUUCUAGGACUUACAAUCGGGUCUGUAACAUCUCUUCGGAUUUUGUCUUAGUUGUUUUGGUCUAUAGUAAUGGAAACCGUCUGAUAAUCGGCCUCAUAAAUGGCGCCUUCUGAGCACGAGUUUCGAGAAACUAAGGCUGAUCUCGCCGCCGCGUCGCCGGGCGAUAACAACCGUAUCUUGACCAUCGUCUUCGUCAUUGCUAUGAAUAAGGAGGCACAACCUCUCGUGGACAGGUUCCAACUCGCCGAGGAUGUCGAUUCCAUGUUCCCAAAGGGGGUACCUUGGAUGCGUUACUAUGGAAACUAUAAAGAUCUGAACAUUAGUGUAGUCUGCCCUGGAAAAGACCCCAUUCUGGGGGUAGACUGUGUAGGCACCGUUUCUGCAUCUCUUGUGACAUAUGCUUCUAUCCAAGCAUUACAGCCAGACCUAAUAAUAAAUGCUGGAACAGCCGGCGGAUUUAAGGCAAAAGGUGCUUCCAUAGGAGAUGUGUUUAUUGUCUCAGACGCUGCAUUCCAUGACAGAAGAAUACCCAUCCCGGUAUUUGAUUUAUAUGGAGUUGGCUUGCGUCAGGCUUUCCAGACACCCAAUCUUGUGAAGGAGUUAAAUAUGAAGGUUGGUAAGUUGUCUACGGGUGAUUCUCUAGAUAUGGCACCUGCUGAUGAAUCAUCCAUCAUUAAGAAUGGGGCGUCCCUUAAAGACAUGGAGGGAGCUGCCAUUGCUUAUGUUGCAGAUCUUAUGAAAGUGCCUGCAAUUUUUCUAAAAGCCGUGACUGAUAUAGUGGAUGGUGAUAAACCGACGUCUGAAGAGUAUUUGGAAAAUCUAACUGCAGUAACUGCUGCACUUGCUGAAGCAGCCACUCGAGUUGUUGAUUACAUCAAUGGCAAGUUUCUCUCUCAACUUUGAUUCUGCAGAUGCUCACUUAAUUUGCUGUCUCCGGCAUACAGAUUCACGUACACCCGCGUGUACGGAGAGCGCCAUACAUCCGAAUAUAAAUGAUUUUUGAAAAUUUUCAUUUUUACAUGCUCAUUUCACAAUUAAUGUAUUGUCAUUUGAUACUUAUGUUGUGUUUAUUUUAAAAUUUCAUAUAAUCAUAUCAAUGCACAUUCCUUGUACCAUUAUACUCAUUUGGCGUAACAUAAAACUUAUUUCAAUAAAUCAUACACGUAAUAUAUAUGCCUUAC